AUGCGCCUCGAAUCCGGGGGUACGACUGCAGGCCGGCGCUUGAGGGAGCAGGAGCUCCGCGAGUCCCUGGAGGAGCAGAAGAAGGCCCCCUUCGGCGACGUGGACCUGGAAGUUCUCAUCUCUUGCCUGGUGAAGAGUGAGCUGGAUGGGAUGGAGGAUAUAGCUCAGCAGGCCAAGGAGAUGUGCCAGCAGAGGUUGGCAGAGGCGAGCGCGGCCGCGCGAGAUGGCGACCGGGACCAGGCAGAGAGGUUCCUUUUGCAGAGUUCCCAGAUCGAGGGCGCCAUGUAA